AUCAACACCAACAAUUGAUUACUUCACAUUGUCCCACGUAUCAUCGGAGCAAUGCAAGAUCCAAGUCAAGGAAUCCAGCGGGACCUUCUCCCUCAUGUUCACCUCCUGUCAACAUAUCGAUUCCCUCUGCUCCCACAAUUGCAUCCCGACAAAGUCGCAGAAUGGCUACUUGGCGCGCCAAAGAUAACACAUGCCAAUCCGUUCUAUUGGACAUAUCUUGACAGGCCUGCCGAUGGUACAAUACUACUUCUCUGGCAGUCUCCCACUCUGGGCAACGAGUACGCGAGCGAUGGAUAUGUUUGGCCUCCUCAGGAAACGGCUUUCCAAGUUGAGGUAUCUGGGGGAUACAUCCUAGAAAUGCACCAGCAUAAAUCUGGAUAUGGACCUAAUGAACCCGUGGCAGCUCAUGCGCGCCGUCGAUACCGCCUCCUCCCCCCUCGAAACUCGAACAAUGCAGGUGCUUCACCUGAUCCUUCUCUAUGGAUUGUUCAUUAUACGCAAGCCGAGCCUCAAGAGCGUAUUCCGUCAAAUGUCAUCCCUAUCGACAUGCGUACUCAGAACAUGAUGCAGACUCGAUCAUACCUUCACUCGCAGGGUCAAAUUAUCCAAAAAGAGUUCGUGCUUCAUGAUCGUGCGAGCUGGCCACAGAUUGCAUUUCCUAGAGGUCCGCCUCGAGGUCCACCCAUGUACGGCGGAAAUGUCCCACCAGCAAGAGUGCCGCAGACGAUGGCAUAUCCUCCAGCACAUGCGGCUGGUCCUCCUGCAAAGCGUGCUCGCACUCAAGCAAAUGCGAACCAAGCAGCAGCGAACAGUGCAGCUGCUGUUCUUGAUGCUGAUGAAGAAGAAGAUACCUCUCGAGGUGAUCUAUUCGACCAUGUUUCACCUCGAGAUAUCAGUAUGAAUCGAUAUAAGCAGAAUCAUGAAUGGAUGGAAGAGGUACUCUCGUCACCAUAUUCUCUCAACCAAAUCAUUCCCGCGGAUCUUGGGCUUGGUUUGCGAGGUGAGCUCAGCAGUCUGACGGAUGGUAUCUUUGAUGCACCACAGGACCCUGAGACAGACGUUGAAAAACACCUUUAUGUUGGUCGGUUGGACCCCGAAAAGGCAGAGGAAUUUCGCAAGAGGGCAAACGAACAAAUUGCACAGACAAAUAAGGAUAUUGAGAAGGCAAAGGCAAAGCAUGCGAAGCGUUUGGCCAAAUUCCAGAAAGGGUCUCUCAUCACCAUUUCUGAGAAAGCUCUACGCACUGCUGUAAAUGACCCAACUGAUACCGGCCCCGAAUAUUGGCGUCUUGAAGGCAGGAUUGACGAAGACGAUGGCGAGGAAGGGAAGACAGUCAGCCGAAUUCCUUCAAAGGUUGAUGACAUUGUUGCUCAAGUUGAAGCUUCAGUUGGCCGUCAUGCAGCAGCUGUCAAAGAACUCAUCCGUAUACAAGAUGGUGGCUACGAAGAAGCGCCUGCAGCUCCAUCCCCACAAGCAGCAGCGGAAUCUACUCCACGUGUCACUCCUCCAGGGUCGAACAAUGGCUCUCAGCAUAGUGGAGUCCUGGUAGGCGAUGUGGAUAUGGACAUGAGCAAUUCCGCAGCUGGUCUCCUUGAUCAAUACCACACUGGUCUGUCCUCGAAUGCGACCCCUGGAAGCAACUUUGCCACACCUCAACCUCAUUUGCAAGCCCACUCAUCAACUAGCACCCCGAAUCUAAACGUGCCCUCUCCGCAGCCAAAUGUUCAGCAACCAGAGAACGAUGUUCCAAUGGGUGAUGCAGCUCCUUCGGAGCAGACUGCUUCUGGAGACGCCUCCGGAACUGGAGAUUGGGUCGUGGUACCUCCUGGUGGUGUCUCCCCAGGACCAACUUCAGCUCAAGAUGAAGCGCCGGCUACGAGCACGCCUCUUCCAAGUGAGAACGUACCGGCACCAGCAACAUCCGCGAUCAGCCAUCCAUCCCCACUUCCGACCACGACUGCUCCAACAUCUUCCGCAAAUACCCCUGGCCUGCCUGACUUUCACACUUCGCCCAAUGAUUUUGCAGAUCUGGGUGAUCUUGAUACUGCAGGUGACGCAUUGGCGAGUUAUGGUGACGAUAUCAGUGGUGAGCAUGAGGAUUUGGGGGAUAUGGGGCUUGAUAUGGAUGUUGGGAUGGAUGAUUCCGCUUUUGGGGAUGCCUUUCAUGGAGUUGAACAGAGAGGACCUGAGGAUGGAGAAGGGUUGGGUGAGGGGCUGUAAGUUGGGGCCUGGAAGUGCAAAAGUAUGACCAUUUGGGUGCGGGGAAUGUUAAGUACUUGUAACAUAGAUGUCUUUUCGUAGUCUUGGAAGUCAGAUGUGAAUGCUAGAUUCUAGCUU